GAGAGCCAAGGCUGCACUUCCGGCGCUUCCUCCCGGCGGCGGGGUGGGCUCGACGGAUGGUCCAGAGAGCCGCGUCGAGCGCAGACGAGGCGUCGGGUUUCGCUUCGGACGCUGCUGCUGCUGCUCCUGCUCAGCCAUGGUGAAAAUCAGCUUCCAGCAGCCGGCGGCGGGGCUCAAGCCCGAGAAAGAGGCGGCGGCGGCAACAGGAGCCAACUAUGGAGCCAAAGCCGAGGUCCUCUUGCCCCACGACUUGGAGGAGCAGCCCUUGCCUUUUCCAGUGGAGACCAGGAAGCCUCUUAGUCGCAUCUUCUACUGGACGAUGAUGAUGCUGUUGUUGCUCCUCGGCCUGAUUUUGACAUCAAUGUAUGUCUACAGAUACUUCUCCUAUACGUUCCCAAAUCAGUAUGGCCUGGAAGAUCAGGAGCAGGAGAUGCUCUGCCAGCUUUUCUACGUAGACGAAUUGAGGGAGCAGCUGGAACUGCAUGAGAACGUGAGGAUUUACCUCGGCGAGAAUUAUGAGCAGAUCAGCAUCCCAAUGCCCCACUUUGGUGAAAGCGACCCUGCAGAUAUUAUCCAUGACUUUCAGAGGGGUCUGACUGCCUACCUUGACAUCAGCUUGGAUAAAUGCUAUGUCAUUGAGCUGAACACCACCACUGUCAUGCCACCUCAGAGUUUCUGGGAGCUGUUGGUUAACGUAAAGAAAGGGGCAUACCUGCCACAAACCUACAUGAUCCAGGAGGAGAUGAUAGUGACAGAACAUGUCACUGACGUGGACCAGCUUGGCUUCUACAUUUAUGCCCUGUGCAGGGACAAAGAGAUAUACAGGCUGAAGCGCAGGACUGCGAGAAGACAUAUCCACCGACGUGCUGCUGAGACAUGUCAUCACAUCCGCCAUUUUGAAAACACUUUUGUGGUUGACACAGCCAUUUGCCAGAAGUUGUGAGAGCUGCACUCCCAAUGUAACCCUCUUGGGCUUCUCCUCUACUCAUCCGCGCAGGCGUUCUUGCUCUGUCCUUGAGAGAAUGUGUCUUAAUUUACUUCUUGCUCCCAUUGCUUGCGCAUUACUAACUUCUCAGGUCACAUGUGGCCAAACACUGGGCCUUGGAUGUCUUUGUUCUGCAUUUACAUUCAACAUUCACACAUCACUGGGCUUAAAUUUAGACAGCGACCCCAAAAUGUGAGUAUUGGGUUUCUCUUGAGAAAGCUAGCACAACAAUCUCUUCUGAAAGAGCAUGAGAAGCUUGAGAAGGAGGGGGGCCCUGCUUCAAAUCUGUACCCAACCACAAAGUUAUCUGAGUGACGGUGAACCAACCACUCACUCUCAGCAUUACCAACUUCACAAUACUGUUGUGAGGAUGAAUGGGGUUGAUUUGUUGGUUAGGAGCUCCUUGGAAGGUGGAUUAUAAACGUAAUAAUAAAAAAGAAGAGUUGGCCUUUUUCACUAGAGUGCCACUUCCUUCUCAGCACAAAGAACCAUUUGUAUGAAUCAAUUAACAGAAAAUCUGCAGUGAAAUUAAUUCCCUAAAAGGGCAAGGAAGCUGUAUCAGUAUCCUUGCAGCUCAACAUCGAAAUUCAUGGACUUGUCAUUCUAGGUCAGAGCUUUCCAAACUUUUCACGUUGGUGACACACUUUUUAGACAUGCAUCAUUUCGCAACACAGCAGUUCAGUUUUACUAGCAAACCAGAGGCGAAACUAACUCCUUUUCAGCCUUGAGGAGCAGCGCAGGGAACAUUUGCCUGCAGUCAGCACACUGACAUGUCAACACAGUUUGGAAAGCUCUGUUCUAGGCUUUACAUAGCAGCAUUUGUUGCCUUUCUGUGCAAGCUUGCCUGCCAUUUUUUCCUCAUUUCUCUGUAAGAGGCACAAUCCCACAAUGCAAGGGAUGCGUGUACCACUGAUCUGCAUGCAAGAUUGGUUGUGUUCUCCUGAAUCUUCAGGAGAAGGAAAAGCAAACUCUUAAAAUCCUGAGUUUGUAGACCAGCAAGAAUAAACCAUUCUGGGAGAUGUUGCUGGUGAAGAGGUCAAUACAGCUGGCUCUCCCAGUGUCCAGAUUGUCUCACCAUCUCCAAGUGAAACAGGGCCCACUAGUCUUUUUACCAUUGGAGAGAUGACAACUGAACUUGGACCAAAUGUUUAUCUUGAUUGACUUAUCUUUGGGGUCUUAAAAAAAUGUUUCAGAAUAUCACUUAGCAAUUCAUUUUUGCCAGAUGUUUAUAACGGAGGUUUUGUAGAUACAACAGUCAGAUUGAGCUCUUGCUUUGUAGGAAUGGAUUGGUUGAAAUAAUGAUGAGGAUCUCCAUGCAAAUAGGUAGUAGGGCUGUGAUUCACCCUCCACAAUAAUAAUAAAAAGAAAGGGAUUAGUAGCAUUGCACACUGGAGGAAAGAUUGGCUCCCCAUUUCCUUGCACACUAUAUACCACCCAUUAGGUUUCUAAACACCAGAAGUUGAACAGUAGAUUAUGAUCCAGGUCCCUAGACGUCUGCUCUUGUAAAAGAUUGGUUAAACAAGAAAAUCAAAUGCAGUUGGACUGCAGUUACACAGUUUUCUUUUUUGUGGCAGAUGGAAAAAUGUGGUUGAGAACACCCCUAGACAAGUAGAGUUCAGGGAAUAUGAGGAGGGAGAGGGAUGCACAGAAAAGAGACCAACAUUCAUUUAGCAGAACUUUGCUAAACACUUCCUACACAGUAAAAUUCUCCCAGAAGAUAACAGAACUAAAAGCUGUGGUUGCGUUUAAUAUACUGGAAAUGCAAAUCGCACAAUCUGAAGCAUCUUCAUCAUGUGUCUUGACCAUUGAGGGCAUUAAUGGAUUAGUCCCUGGGAGGACGUUGGUCCAGGUGUUGUGUAGGGCAUAGGAUGCUUGUGUGGAGCUGGGAGAUGGAGCAGGUGGACACAGGGAAGAGAAGAUCUGAUCUUUGUCAGAAGAUCUGUGGCAAGGUUGUCUCCCAUAGCAUGUAAUGGGAGAGAACUGUGGGUCUCAUUGGACAGCUCCCAGGUUACAGAAGGUAUGAGUUGUCAACACAUCUAUAUUUCAGGAAUGUGCCUGCAUCUCGAAUUGAACUCUUGGUGCUUCUGAACAAGGUUUAGGGUAGCUAUGCAUGCACAAAUUGCAGUACAAUAUGUGCUUCAAGUGUCCCUAUGGCAUUUGCUCCCUUGCGAUGAAGUAGUGGCCUGGAGUGAUCUGCCACUGUGCUGUCAGAAACCUGCCCAGCCAAAUAUAGGGCAUGAUGACACCUUCUCUGUAGGGCAAAUUGAGUGGUUUAGCCAGUGUUAAUAAUAACAAAAUGCCUAAUGUCUGGCUGCUGCAAAAUAGAGAAAAACUCAAAACAAUGCACACAUUUUGCCAUGUGGAGGUGGACUCAGUGUGAUUCCAAUUAAAGCAGUCACAACAUAGAGGCGUAUUACUUAUAACCAUCCUUGGAUUUUAUUUUAACUUUUACCUGCCCAUGCAAACAGAAUUUUCAGCUCCUUUUGAGGUAUGCACUCUGCUUGGUUAGGAGUAAUGUUCAAAUUCCUAUUGAUUUUCAUUUCAAUUUCAUCUGAAUGGUACAUAUUCUGAAGGGAAAGGAGCAUCAUAACAGUUUCUUUAGUGAGCAUCGUGGCACAGUAAUAAAAAUUAGGCUUGCA